AUGCCUCCCACCACUUCCAACCUCAUUUCCAUCCCACGUUUCCUACUCCCACAAAGAGGAGCAAUUUGGCGCACUCGACUUUCAACACCCCCAUCAACCCCCCUAAGCGUCCGCCAUGCAUCCAAGGUCCCCCAAAAGAAACCCGUUAAACCCUCCGCUAUCAAAGACGCCGGGAAACCCUCGACCUCGCCCAAGCCCUCGGCUGUCAACGCUGUCAAGGACUCCAGCAAGCCCCUCGUCCUCGAGAAACCCGCCAAGUUCAACCCUCCUUCCCACGGCGCCCGUCUCAGGAGAGAAGCGCCCAGAUACCCGGGACCGCGGCUGAGCGAGGAGCAAGCAGCGGCGCAGAAGAAGAAAAAGUACCCAAACAUGAUGCCGCCGGAGGGCUCGUUUAUGAACUGGUUUCUGAAUAACAGGAGUAUACAUCUAUACAUCUCACUUGGAACGCUGUUUGGUCUGGCAGCAACAGUGUGGAUAACGAAUUUUAAGCGCAACUCGCCCUUCGCGGACAUGCUUCCUGCGUGGUCGCAGCUCUUCUUGCACCCCAUCGCCUUCUUUAGAACUUUCGGGGAGGUCAUAAAGAUGAACAGUGAUUACGUGACGGCAGAGACGAUGGAGAGGAGAAAGAGAAAGGUCGAGGAUGUGGCCAAGAGGGCGGCGUACAGGAAGGCGCACGGCAUGGAGAACGACGAGGCUUUUGGUGGAUGGACUGCAAAGAGCGACGAGCAGUUAUUGGGGCCUGCGAUGCCGGUUGGUGACGCAGAGCCUGUGAGAGCAACACGGCCGGUGAAGAAGUGGCUUGGUAUUUGGUAG